AUGGAACCAACCACCCCCAUCAAGAAGGGCAGCCUGUCAACGAACAACAAGACCCCACAAUUACCGCCAGCACCACGCAAGCCAGCGCCAACUGGUCGUCUGACGCACGUCUCGACAUCCAUCAAGAUGAAAGUUCCAAACCCAAUCACACCGAUCAGGAACAGCGACGAGCCAGACGAAACUUUCGACAAGCCUCCCCCGGCUGCUCGUAAGCCAGCGCCAUCUGCACGCUUAUACAACGCAGCCCUCAAGUCCGUCACCGAGCGAAUCCUCAAAGACUUCGGACAUCGUGUCACUCUCGACGCUCUGAAGCGAUGGUCCAGUCUUCUCGACUGCAAGGACGUGGCGAAGGGCGUAGAGGCAGUGACCUUCACCGUUCCUAAGAUUGCAGACAACGAGCGAGAGCAGUACUACGAUACUUUCACGAAGAUCUUCGUCAAGAUGCCGAACCUACGCGACAUCAAGAUCCGUGGUUCCCAGAAGAUUGCUGAGACUGUGGACAUUGGUGUCGACCAUGAAGUCCUGGCUUUCUUCUUCAACGCUCAGAAGAACAGCCUCUGCUUCGUCGACCUCGACGACGUCCUGUGCUGCAACGGUCCCUGGAGCAUGAUCCUGCCAAGCCUCCAACGUACUUCCCUCUCUAUGGCCCAUUUCACCAACCUCCGCGCUUCCCCGAACCCGAAGUACUGCAUGUUCUGGGGGAAGGAGCGCCAGACUCACUCCGUCUGGAACGCCGCGACCAAAGGGUUGGAGUAUGUUGUCGUGGAAAGAAGCCAGGCGGCCAUGACGGGUAAGGAAGCAGUCAAAGCCGGCAUUGAGCUGAUGCUGGAGGGAAGCCGAUGGGUCAAGGUGGACUGA